AAAAUUUAGACUUAACUAAGAAGUAAAUCGAAUAUCGAGAGCGCUUUUACAAUCAGGCACAUUUGAGCCACCUAAAAAUGAUUUGACAACCGCGGGGUCCUCAGUUUAGCGCCAGUUUAGAUUUUCUCCCUCGCUUUGGGAAGAAGAAGAGCCAAAAAAAUGGUUCGUUAAACAACAAAACACGGAUAUAUUUGUGUUACAAAAAUAAUAGUAAUAUACUGAAACGACGUUUUGAUUCCGUUGAAUAGUAGAGGAGACACGAGGUGGGAAUUUGGCACUUAAGUGCUUGGCAGGCGUAAUCGGGUUGACUCUACUUGAUAAUGGAUUGUGAAGACGAUUUGGACAUUUUGACAGCCCUGUUGGCUGAAAAUGAUGGCUGCGAAGAAGACCAGCAGCAGCAAGCAGAUGACUUGGAUGACCUGUUUGACAAUGACGAUGGCGAAGAGUACGUGGAAGGACGAGAUGUGGAGCCGAAGGACGAAUUGACCGAGUUAUUUGGAGAUGUGGAUGAUAUUGAAAAAGAAGAGCAGGUGGUGAAAGAAAAUAAUAGCAAAGCCAAUGAGAGUCUUAACAGGUCCCAAGAGGAGCUACAAGAGGAGUUGAGGCAAAUGCAGGAGAAAAUGCAGGCAUUACAGAAGCAGCUGGAAGCAAGCCAGAGUGCUCCCUGCUCCUCUUCCUCGCUGAAACCAUCAGGGAGCUCACCCACUCUGAAACCUUUGCCUUCCAGUCAGGCCCCAAAAAAGCGUAUCCCAGAAAAGCCAGCGGCUGUGACACAGAAGCUAAAAAAUGAAUCAGGAAAAACAGGAGGCCAGGAGUCCUCUGACUUUAUCUCCGAGCUGAGCAACGCCGACUCAGUCAAACGCAAACCCAGAGUGACCCACCAAAGCAAAUCCAGCACUUCACCAGAAGCCAGAGCACCAUUGGUGGAGAUGAAGAUGGGAAGCUCCUUCCUGCCUGUGGAAAGCACAAGCAAGGCGGCCACUCCUCAGCGUCAGUCUACAACCUUCCAGAGCAGACCCUGCCCGACUUCUUCUUCAGCAGGACCGCCGAAGCUGGACUCUCUUCCUAAAGAUGUGGCGAUGGAGAAAUACUCUGGAUUGCGGCUCAGAAAGCCACGCGUUUCAUCCAGCGAUAUGGACCGUAAAAUGGCCGACCGCCGCCUCAUCCGCCUCUCACAGGUGCCGGAGCGCCUGCAACGCGAGAAGCUGGAGGACAGCGACUGGGUGACGUUUGGCGUGCUGGUCAGCAAAGCAACACCGCAAAGCAGCAGCAGCGGUAAAACAUUUAGCAUCUGGAAGUUGAACGACCUCCACAACCUGGAUGUGUUCGUGUCGCUUUUGCUGUUCGGAAACGUCCACAAGGAGCACUGGAAGACCGAAACGGGCAGCGUCAUCGGAAUCCUCAACCCCAACUCCAUGAAACAAAAAGACGGAUAUGAUGGGGUCAGUUUGACAGUGGAUCACCCGCAGAAGGUGUUGCUGAUGGGCGAAGCUCAAGAUUACGGCACGUGCAAAACCAUGAAGAAAAAUGGAGACCCCUGCUCUCAGCUUGUUAACAUGUACGAAUGCCAGUUCUGCCAAUAUCACGUCCAGGCCCAGUACAAGAAGAUGAGCUCCAAGCGCUCCGAGCUGCAGUCGGCGUUCUCCGGAAAGGCGCCCAGCAAGGUGAAGGGCGUCAGCCUCAGGGAGCGCCUCUGUCAGGACGGCUUUCACUACGGCGGCGUCUCGUCGGCAGCCUGCGCGGCAUCACUAUCUGCGUCCAAACCCCAAAAAUCAGGACAAACAACUUUGGACAAGCUCUUUGUGAAAGGUUCCGCUCGUCACAUCCUUCAUGCGAAAAUGCUGGCCCUGAAGUCGUCUGGUGAGGUGUCAAACUGUUCGAAUGAAUUCAAGAGCUUGAUGUCGGUGCCGUCGCCGGGAGCUCUGCAGCUCAAGAAGCACUUGAUACAAGCCCCUAAAGACGCACAAGGAGCUCCUGUUCAGUCUAUCUCGGCUUCAGACCUUCUCAAGCAGCAGAAACAGAAGCAGAGGGAGUUCCUGCUGAAUCGUCAACGUCGAGCGGUCGCAGUGCCCAAGUCAGCCGCGUCGUCUUUACUGGCAUCCCCCAAAGCAGGCGUCCCCGCGACCGGCCAAAGCCCCGCCACGCCGCAAACCCCCACGCUGGGUCGAGGCUUCGCAAAGGGCGAGGACGUCCUCUUCUUCGACGCCACCCCGCCCGCCGCCACCGCCCUGAGCAUCUCCGCCACCAAGCUGGUGGCUCUGAAGAAGCUGAGAGCCAAGGGGAUGGCGCUGGAGAAGGACGACCCCAACGCUGUCAAGAGGAAGAGGAUGAGCUGCAGCGAGAUCAGCGCCCGGGUGGAGAAAAAUCUCACCUCGCCCGACGUCGAUCGCGGCGAUUCCGAUGAGCCGGCUGAGAAGAAACAGCGAGGUGAACGCGACUACAUUCAGUCGGCGGAGUUUCAAAAAAUCCUCAACGCCAAAUCUCUCCAUGGAGCGGCACUACAGGCGACUGAGUAUCAACUCCAGGAGCGAUAUUUUGACGCGCUAGUGAAGAAGGAGCAGAUGGAGGAGAAAAUGAAGGGCAUCCGGGAGAUGAAGUGUCGGGCUGUUUCCUGUCAAAAGUGCGACUACACGUAUUUCAAACCGGCCGAUCGCUGCGUGGCCGAGAGUCACCCGCUGCGCUGGCACGACGCCAUCAAACGUUUCUUCAAGUGCCCGUGCGGCCAGAGAGCCAUCGCCCUUGACAGACUGCCGCACAAACACUGCAGCAACUGCGGCCUCUUCAAAUGGCAGCGUGACGGAAUGCUGAAGGAGAAAACGGGCCCAAAGAUUGGCGGAGAGCUUCUCAAGCCCCGAGGGGAAGAACACGGAAGGUUCCUCAACAGUUUAAAGUAGAACCAAUUUUUUUUUAAAUGACUUUUCAUUUUGAUCAUGUGACAUUUGGAAGAAAUUAAACCACUGUUUGGCAUUGGCCAGAGGGGAAAGUUCUAAAUACGCAAAGAAUUUAGUUGUUUCCCUUUUUGGGUGUUCCCUCUAAAUAUUGGUUACACCACAAGGAAAUACUUGACUAUGAUUUUGUGAUAAUAGAGAGCAAGAAUUUUGCAGCAGGCCCGAGAAGAUCCCCUUCAUGCAAAAACUCGGCAUGUUUCUGUACUUAAAAAGAUCUUGGAAGAACAUCUAAGGUUGGUCAUUUAUUCGAAAUGUAUUCAUCUUUUACUUUGGGUGAUUUGAGAGCCGCUCAGUGAAUCACGUCUCCCUCUGCACACAAUAUGAAAUGUGAGUCUCGUCUUCUGCGUGAAGGCAAAACCAAUUUUUGUAAUCUUCUCCAGGUGUCGGGGCUCACGCCAGCCCGGAAAUCUCAGGUUGUAUUUUAAACAGGACAACAUCAGCUUUUAGCAAUUACAGAGUGCUUUUUGGCUUUUUCUCCUUCUGCUUUUCCGAUCCGGAAAAUAACUUCAGCCUGAUGACUUGCGCAGCUCGUCUCUUCUUCCAUUUGAAUACUCCGAAUUCCUGACCGCGCUGUGGUUAAAGCAUCAAAAAUUUGUCUUUGUCGGGCUCCAAUUCUUUCCCUCUCAGGAAAUCAAACGCGUUGCAAGUCCAAACCGUUCCACUCGUGUUUACGAACGCCUCAGGCUCACAAUCACGGUAACCUUUUAUGAAGCUUGUAUGUCCGUGGAAAAAGCAGUUAAAACAAACAUGCCUUACCUAAUGUUGACUUUAUUUGUUGAGUGUGUCCAAUGUAAAAAAAAAAAAAAUUAUACACAAAGCAGAAUUUGUUUAUAACAUUUUUAGGAUAUUUUAAGCUAUAUUAAAAGAUACGGUUCACUUGACUUUGAAGACAAUUAGUGAAACCAGUGAAAGCGAGGGUAUUGUCCGUCAUAGUUGUACUCGCGAUAUUGCUCUUGCUUCUCUCUGCUUCGUUCGCCUUGUUCUGUGCGUUUAAAGGAGACAAAACAUAACACAAAUUCAUUUUGUAUUUACCGUUUUACAACCUCCUGAAACAAUAUUUAGGUCUUAUUGUGACGUAGCGCCAAAUGAUUUUGAAAAAUAAUAAUUUUUUUCUUCCCCCCCGUCAAUAUUGCGAUUGCAAUUUUUUUUUUUUUUUCUCAAUGUAAUUUUUCUAACAAAAUUUAUUACAUAACACAAAAUUAGGUUAUUUUUCUCUUGCGAAAUGAAAGAUUUUACCGGUCCGAUCCUCUUCGGCGUAGUUCUCGUACUCGUUGCGUUUCUCUUCGUUGUUCUCCCUCCGGCGCUCCGCGUUUACCCGAAACACCCUCUGCUCGGCUGGAAACACACGGCGACCGAGCGUUUCGCGUGAGAAGGGACACUGCGCCGCGAUAUCCCGUGACUCCUUCUGAAGGCCCGUGAUGAAUAUUCAAGGGGCUUCACACUUGAUUGACUUAGCAGCCGUUAAGACUCAUAUUUUGCUUUUUUCGAUCUGUAGUCAGUGUACGACUCACCAAGCUGCUCGUAAUAUCUCACUGAGCGGCGACUGCGGCGUUUGAAAAAGGUGGCAGCGUCCGCCUCGGGCAUGAACACACGUCGCGCCGCCUCUGGUGCUGAUGGGGUCAGAGUUCAACGCUUGAAGGUUAGCCGCAGUUGUGAAUAUUUAUGUGAUGUGUUUCGCGAGUAUCACCUUUGACAUCAGCUGCGUUCGGGUCAUCGGCACUUUCACAGAAACUGGAAACUAAAGACAAAUAUUCACUUGGAAUGUAUUUUUGUUUAUCCAUGCCAGGCAGAACAAUUAAAAUGCUUUUGAAUGUGAAA